AGAUUGGUGAAGCUUGUCUUUAAACUCUCCUCCCAUUGGCUUAUUUCCCGGCGGUGAUCUGUGAGUUAGUGAGGCAUCGCGCGCUGGGGCUACUGAUUUCCGCGGCAGCGUGAGGGGAUGGUGGUGUAACAGGCACUGUGGCUGACCAGCUGGCUCUGAAUUACAGUGGAGAGAACAGUGCCGUCAGGAAGAUGAAAAAGCCUCAACUGCAUGGAUUUCACGGGCGACGAUCUGCUCUCUUGUCACCAGCCAGCCGAGCCAUGGGUCUACUGUGCUUGCUCUCCGUCUUUGUAGUCGCCACUUCAAUCACUACUUCCCUCCUCGAUAGUUCCCUCCUGCCGCUCACCGCUGAGGAGAAGUCGUUUUGCGGUAAGAAGUUGACGGUGGCGGCGUGCAAGAUGAAGAUGGGUUUGUGCGGGCCGCUGGACACUCUUCUGGCCCCGCUCAUGGGCACCCCGCAGGCCAUCCUCUCCUGCGCCAACACCUCGGCCAUCCCUCUCAAGGCGGAUUUUUAUUCCUAUCUCGGAAAGGCCAUGAUGAAGGGAGCUGUUGGCCUGACACUCCCGAAGAAGCCCACUGGUGAACCCCUCGUUGACCUCGCCAUCAGGAAGUGCAUUCUGAGUAGCACAGGUUUGCUUGGUGACGACCUGCAGCUGAACCGAACAACCAUCGCGGCGCAACUGGCCAGCGUGUCGCCCCCGAGUCUAGCUGCAGCAGUGGGACUUGCCGUGAACACCUGCCCUGAGCCACUGGAGCUGAAGAUGGAGGAAUAUAUCAAGUGUCUGAAGAAGUCCUGCAUGGCGAGUAUCCCUGACCCGACACCUUCGCCCGCUGUAGGCUUUUCCUAGGCAGGUGGAAGUGCGUAUAACAGCCCAAGUAGCAAAGCUGUGGUGGGAGUGUUGAAAUAGUAAAGGGAGAGCCAUCUAAUUAGUUUCUUUGUCACUAUUUCCAGAUUGAAAUCACACACACACACACAUACAGACUUUGGUCAGUUUGGGUCAGCCUAUGUAUGCCUCCCUACUCAGUCUGCCCUAGCUUACGUCUCUUUGCUCUUCAUUACAUGUAAUCACAUGAGUAACACGUGCGCGCACUCAUGCACAUGUGUAUAUAUGAUUUUCUUUAGUUUUCAAUCCUGUUCGGUUUAUCUAACAAUAAAGUGGAUUUAUUUUUGCGUUCCGCCGUUCGUUCCCUUCCAAGUCCAUUUUUGAUUCUCCAUUCGUUGAAAAAAUAUGUUCAUAUCUUUCAUAUUAAGGAAGACACUGCCUUUGUAAAGCUAUGUAAGAUUGGUGAGGAACGCACAAUAAAUAGAAAAUGAUGUUAA